GAGGGAGGGAAAGAGGGAGGGGGAGAGAGUGAGAAAUGCAGAGGCAGCAGCCGCGGUAGCGGCGGCAGUGCUCCAGCAGGCACUAGGCACUUCAGUCCCGGCGAGCGAGCGGGCGAGAGCCACCGCGCUCCGAGCGAGGCGAGGGGGCUCUGGGCUACCUGGGACUCUCUUUGUGACACCCCAGCACACAAACACACCGUCAGGGACAGAGGAAAAACAUAUAAAGAACUCCAACAUGGGAGGCAAACUGAGCAAGAAGAAGAAGGGAUACAGUGUCAAUGAUGAAAAAGCUAAAGACAAAGACAAGAAGGCUGAAGGAGCAGCAACUGAGGAAGAGGAGACUCCAAAGGAGGCUGAGGAUGCCCAGAAAACCACAGAGACUGCAGAAGUGAAGGACAACAACAAGGAGGAGAAGGGAGAAAAGGAUACUCAGGUUGCUGCCAAUAAGACGGAAGAAAAAGAAGGGGAGAAGGAGAAAACAGUGACCCAGGAAGAAACCCAGAAAACAGAACCUGAGAAGUCGGAGGCUGUUGUUGAUGCAAAAGUAGAGCCACAGAAGAAUACCGAACAGGCAGCCAAGCAAGAGGAGCCGACUGCUGCCUCUGCUCCCGCUGCCAGUAGCGAAGCACCCAAACCCUCUGAGCCUAGCACCGAUGCAAAAGCUUCCCAGCCUUCAGAAGCCACAGCUCCCAGUAAAGCAGAUGACAAGAGCAAAGAGGAAGGGGAAGCCAAAAAGACUGAGGCUCCCGCAACGCCUGCAGCCCAAGAAACUAAAAGUGAAGUGGCCCCAGCUUCAGACUCAAAACCUAGCAGCAACGAGGCUGCGCCUUCUUCCAAGGAGCCCGCGGCAACAGCAACACCUAGUUCGACUGCUAAGGCCUCGGACCCUGCAGCCCCUCCAGAGGAAGCGAAACCUUCUGAAGUUCCAGCGACUAAUUCGGAUCAAACCAUAGCAGUGCAAGAUUAAAUUGGACAGCCUGUUGAAACAACCACUUAAACAACCUGUGUCUUUUUUUUAUUUUUUCAGCUAUACUAACUCGUUUCAGAUCUGAAAUAGCAAAUAUGUAUUGCCCAGAAAAGAAGGAGAAAAAAAAAAAAGGAGAAAAAAUGAAAAGGAUGUCCCAUCAAGUUGGGAGGGAGGGAGGGGGGAGAAUCCAAAUAGUAUUUUUGUGGGGAAAUAUCUAAUAUACUUUCUGCCAACUUGACACAAGUCCUGGAUUAAAAAAAAAAUUAAAUAAAUGGAUGUCUGAAAGUACAGCACAUAUUUUGUAUCUGAACUGCUGUAAAUGCACUCCACUAGUGUAUCAAAAUCUUCUUUUUGUUCUGUAAUGGGGUUUGGGAGUGAUGCGUUUGAUUCUGCCCACUAGGUUUGUGCCAAGGCAAUCAGAUCUUUAUGAAAGCAGUAUUUUCUGUGGUUUUUUUUUUUUAUUUACAGCCUUUCUUAUUUUGAUAUUUUUUUUAUUCAGUGGAUGAAUGCCAACUUUCAGACAAAACCCACUUAGCUGUCCACAUAUUUCUCAAUGCCAAUCCUCCAAUUCUUCCUCUCCAAAUAUUUUUUGGGAGUAAAAAGCAUUCUCAUCCUACUUAGCCUACCUAGAUUUCUCAUGACGAGUUAAUGCAUGUCCGUGGUUGGGUGCACCUGUAGUUCUGUUUAUUGGUCAGUGGAAAUGAAAAAGUCUGCGUUCAUUGCAGUUCCAGUUUCUCUUCCAUUCUGUGUCACAGACACCAACACACACUCAUUGGAAAACAAAUGAAAAAACAAAAUGUACAAUGGAUGCAUUGAAAUUAUAUGUAAUUGUAUAAAUGGUGCAACAGUAAUAAAAGUUAAAUAAUUUAAAAAAUA